AUGCCCGUCCAUUCCGCGCUGCUGCGUCGCAUCGCUCGGCCACUUGUCGUGCGUGCGGCAAUUUCCCCGCCAGGGUCUACGGGCACGCGAUCACAUCGUGCAUUCUGUCAUCCUCAAUAUGCCGUAUGCGCUGCUGCAGCCGCUGCUGCGGCUGCCACGACUUUGGCCUUGUGGACAACUCCAUACAGUAGACAAGAACCAAUAAAAAACCUCGACAUAGACGAGGCAAGUGAAACCCCACCCCUUCCUGCUGCUAUUGCUGGUCACGUGCGCACGGACCUCCCGACGUACUCACUUAGUGAAGUGCAGCAGCACACGGACGCGAGUCAGAGCGGCAGCACGUGGGUCGUCUACAAGCACGGUGUGUACAACAUCACGCCGUUCGUUGCGUCUCAUCCCGGCGGCACGAAGAUCCUUCUAGCGGCUGGCAAGUCCAUUGAGCCGUUCUGGCAGCUCUAUGCGGCGCACAAUCACGCGGACGUGCACAAGGUCCUCGAGACGUUGCGCGUGGGGAAUCUCCACGCGGACGACGUGGCCACGCUGGAGGCCGCACGGAAACAACAAUACGGUGAUGGGCCGUAUAGUCGCGACCCUGUGCGCCACCCGGCGCUGAAGGUGAACUCGAGCAUGCCGUUUAAUGCAGAGCCGCCCCCGGAGCUCUUGAUGGAGUCGUUUCUGACGCCAAAUGACUUGUUUUUUGUACGGAACCAUUUACCGGUCCCAGAAGUUGACACGGAUACAUUUACACUUAAGAUUGCAGGGGUAGGAGUCUCGGAUAAAACCUCGACGGUGGAAUUCACGUUGGACGAGUUGAAAAGCAGGUUCAAACAUCACACGGUGACAACGACAGUUCAAUGUGCUGGCAAUCGACGGGCCGAGAUGUCGCGAGUGAAGCAGGUGAAUGGGCUGAGCUGGGACACCACAGCCUUGUCGACGGCAAAGUGGACGGGUGUGCUGCUUUCGGACGUGCUCGCGAGUGUUGGCGUGACGGACGAAGAUGCAGCAAGCGGACCGUGUGAGGGUGACGGAAAAGGCGAUGGCGAUGACCAGUUGGUGAUUCAACACGUGCAAUUUGAGGGCCUGGAUGUGGACACUGAGGGAAAUUGUUAUGGUGCGUCGAUUCCGAUUUCCACCGCGUUGGACCCCCGGAAGGAUGUACUGCUUGCAUUUGAGAUGAAUGGUGAAACGAUCCCGCGUGACCACAGAUAUCCUUUGCGUGUAAUUGUUCCUGGCACAGUAGGUGCUCGUAACGUGAAAUUUCUUCACCGUAUCGUGCUUUCAAGCGAAGAAAGCCCUAGUUUCUGGCAGCAGCGUGACUACAAGGGGUUUCCACCUAAUGUAGAUUACUCUCAUGACAACUUUUGGAAAUAUGCUGGUGAAUCUAUUCAGGAGCUACCUGUUCAAUCUGCAAUUACUGAGCCCAAAGAUGACUCUAUAUAUAUUGUGGAUGACGCUUCCGACAGCUCUGUUGUGACCGUGAAGGGGUAUGCCUGGAGUGGCGGCGGUCGAAACAUCAUUCGUGUUGACGUUUCAACGGACGGCGGUAAGACCUCGACGCCUGCUGAGCUGCAUGAGUCUGGUAAACGUCAAACAUACAACCGUGCUUGGGCGUGGACUCCUUGGGAGAUAGAUGUUGAGCUACCCCCAGGAACGAAGAAGGUGGACAUUAUAUGCAAGGCUGUCGAUAUAUCUUACAACGUGCAACCUGAUACCAUUGCUCCUAUUUGGAAUAUGCGUGGCAUACUAAACAAUGCGUGGCACCGGAUCCACGUUUCGGUAGAGGGGUCUAGGAAUGAAGCUGGGAAAGGUGACGAGGAAGAUGAAAGUGGCCUGGAGGCUUGA